AUGGGGCAUACAGGAAGGAAUCAUGCCUGCAAAAGCAAAAGGAGCGCAAGUAUAAUUAAUAAAGAAGAGAGAAAAGGAAAAGAAAGUCGUAUUGCCAACCAACCAACAAACAUUUCUACUUCUAACCCAAAUCCAAAUGAGCUUCUUUACUGUCUUUCUCCAUCUCUCUCACAAACAUUAUCUGCUUUGUUCAUGCAAGAUCCAAACAACUCACGAUCAAGGAAGCCUUGGUACCAAAGAGCAAUGCAAAUGGCCACACAGUGGAGACCCUUUCUAAAAUCUGCCGAAAUUCCUACAAAAAAUGGCUCUAUGUGGAAAACAAAUUCGAAAACAACAGAAAUUUCGACAGCAAAUUCCAAUAAGCAGAAGCUAAGGAAAUGCAAAUCUGUAAGAUUAGCUACUACGUUUACUCGAGCUUGUUUAUGUGCACCAAUCUCUCCUUACGCAGAAGUGUUUCAAACUGAUUUUGCACCAAGAAGAAGUUACAGUUAUCCGAGAUAUUCUUCAAACCCUUUUCCAGCCAUCUCAGAGGAAAGAACCCCUAGUGCAAGAAUGAGCACAGAAGGAAGGAGAAUUUUUCGCGGAAAAUCUUUGACAGAUGAUGUUUUAAUGAGGAGAUUUGUUAUCGAAGAAGAAGCAAUGAUGCAAGUUAGAAGAAGGAAUGAGAUGGAAAUUAUUAGGAGAAGAAGCUCUAUGAGAAGAAAGAAACUUGGGCCGAGUCCUUUGAGUAAAAUGGUUGUUUUAGCCGAGGAUGAGGACGAGGAUGAGAAGGAACAAUAACAACAGGAGCAUUAAAGAAGAAAGUAAAUGUGUGUUGUUUCUUCCUCUUCAUCAUUAGAAUUUGCCUGUGGAUUGUUUAUUUAGUUUGAUGGGCGAUUCUUUGCCAUUUUUGUUUUAAUCAAACUGUACAAGUUAAUGGCAACGAAAUUUUAGUUUAAACAAUAUUCGGAAUGUCACAAUUAGGUAGAAUGGCCAGCUCAAAUUUGAUAGGUAGGCUGACUUUUCUCUCUGAACUUGA